AUGACAAGUGUGACGUUUCCACUGCAAUUGCAAGAAUGGAUGGAGACGGUGGUGGCAAUGUUUGAGCAUGAAGUGAUACGGAAAAUAACACUUGUGACGGAUUUGGAGUACAGUAAUUCAAAAAGGUUGAAUGAUGUCCAGAAGCAGUGGAGUUCCAAGGGAGUUAUGGGUAACAUCGACAAUGAUUAUGUGCAAACAGGUCUACGAAUGCCCCAAGCAAGGAGUUCCAAUGCUUUGCAGUCUGGUGAUUUGGAAUCAUCAGACGCUUCCAAGAGCAAGAAGACGACGACAAAAGCAAUGAAAUAA